AUGUCACGGAGGUGUGAGGCGGGGGAUCCUCUGUCUCCCCUCUUUUUCAUUAUAGUCAUGGAUGAGGUGAUUGCUGCUACCCUGCCAAAUCGGGGGGGUGCGACUGUGUGGCGAAGAGAUUGGUGCUUUGGUAUACGCGUUCGCUUCUUCCCAAGAGGCGUUGUCUGCGAAGCUGGUGGCUUUGCAGCAGUCACUUUCGGCGGCAGAGCCAAGUUCGGUCGAUUGUGUUCCUCACCGUCCUCGUUGGUGCGGGAACUUCUGGAGUCAGAGGCGUGCAAGGUUGACAUCGGGAGUGCCAAUGUUCCAGUCCGCCUAAUGGGGACUGUGGUGAAGGAUAAAAAGGCCGUUCAAGGUUUUUGGAGUGAAAAGCUUGAGUCGUCAUGUGACUGCAAAGACUUACAGCUGGACGAACAAGACGCGGCGAGCAGCCAAUGGAUGGCAUCUGGCCGGAGGAUUUUCCCCGCCUCUUUACUCGUGCUACUAAGUUAA